UUGAACAUUGAUGCAGUCAACAUCAUUCAGUUUAUUAAUUGUUAAAACAUUAAGUUUAUUAUUUAUUCAUUUUAAAAAUGAAUAAAAGUAUUUAUAUACCAGUUGUUGCUGUUGCUGUUUGCAUAUUAUUAACACAAUCAAUAGCAUUUGCAGUUAGUGAUGAAAACAAUUACACAUUAAAUUACAUUGCAUUGUUUACUAUUGGACUGCAGUGGAUCUUCUUUAUACAUGCUGGUGGAUUUUUCGGAAAUGAGAGAACAGAAAAGUUUUAUGAUUUAAUGGGAAGUGUCACAUUCAUUUCAACAACGAUCAUCAAUUCGAUCUUUAGCAAAGAUUACAGCAAGAGAAUUGAAUUGCUUAAUUUACUUGUAAUAUUCUGGACUAUUCGAUUGGGAGCAUUUUUGUUUACAAGAAUCAAGAAUAACAAAGGAAUUGACUCCAGAUUUACAGAUAUCAAGAAGAACAAUUAUCGAUUCCUUAUGACAUGGACACUUCAAGGAGUUUGGGUAUUCAUGUCGAUACUUCCAUUGCUCAUCAUUACUCAAAAAGAAAGAAAUGUUCAGUUCAAAGUUCUUGAUUACAUUGGAAGCAUCUUAUUCAUUUGUGGAUUCACAUGUGAAACAAUUGCUGAUUACCAAAAACUAAAAUUCCGUUCAGAAUCUAAGAAUAAGGAUAAAUUUAUGAAGACUGGUCUAUGGAAGUAUUCAAGACAUCCAAAUUAUUUUGGUGAAAUUUUACUUUGGUUUGCAUUUUCUCUUAUUGGAUUCAGUGGAUCACAUUCAUUAGGUGUCUUUUUAACUCCAGUAUUUGUUGCCUUAUUGCUGAUAUUUGUAAGUGGAAUUCCUCUCUUAGAACAAUCAGCUGAUGUGAAGUUUGGAAACAAUGACGAGUACAAAACUUAUAAAUCGUCUACACCAGUUUUAAUUCCAUUUUUUGGCCGUGCUGGAGAUGCUAUGUUUUAAGAAUUAUGAAAAUAAAUAAAUAUCUUU